AUGAAGACCUCCACCUCCACCAUUGGAGCCCUCUUCGGCGUCCUUGCUCUCGGCAGUCGAGUCGUCGGCGCGCUUCCUUUUCAACACUAUGCACCCCGAGACGCUGACGUCGCAGCGAACCAGGCAGAUCUCGGGCCUGUCCAUAUCCUCUUCCAGAACGAUCUCAGCACCAACGCCUCCACAGGGGCCUUGCUUCUUCCGCGUUCAGUCACCUCUGAACAGGCUACACACGCUUGCUCCAGUCUGGGCGAGAACCUCUUCCCCUUUGACCGAGCUCUCGAAGCAGGUGUCGGCUCGGAUCUCGUCGACCAAUUCAACUACUUGCGCUAUGCCGGCACCAUCGGCUGGAACGAUACGUUUUGGCUCGAUGGCGGCGCUGGCAGCGUUGCCGCUUACAGGCCCGGUCGCGGCUCUGUCCGUUCCCAUAGGCAGGCUGAGAAGCUGGGAGUCCUCUGCACGCACACCGCCCCUCCUACUAUCGUCCCAAGGGACAACCCUUACGCCAACGGAGACGUCGCCGUUCUUGUCGGCGGUACGGACAAGCGCGUCACUGUCCAGACGGGCGACUACCACCUGACGGGCUACCGAGAUCUCCGCUCGUUCCGCUUCCUCGGUGUCCCCUUUGGCGAUGCUCCUGUCGGCUCGAAACGCUUCAUGCACGCUACGCCCUAUACUGGAAACAAGGUCCUCGACGCUACCAACUACCGCAACGCCUGCGUCCAAGCCGCAGGACCUUCGCCCAUGGGCGAAGACUGCCUCAACCUCAACAUCUACACACCCACGCUCGGGUCGUCUGGCAGCAAGAAGCUCAAGCCGGUCCUGGUGGCCAUCUACGGAGGCGGCUUUGUCAACGGACGCAACUCGGUGCCUGCUUACGAUGGCGGCAACCUAGCGUCGCGCUCGGAUAUCGUGGUUGUCCUGAUCAACUACCGUGUGGGCGCGCUCGGGUGGCUUGCGUCGGAUAACGACCUUCCGGGGAAUGCCGGGCUGAGUGACCAGAUCCUCGCGCUGAAGUGGGUCAAGGAGCACAUUGCGGCGUUUGGUGGUGAUCCGGAUCACAUCACGAUCGGCGGGCAGUCGGCUGGGGCAGAGAGUGUCGCUGCGUUGCUAGCGAGCUCGGCGGCCAAGGGGCUGUACCAUGCGGCAUUUAUGAUGUCGAAUCCGUGGGUGCCUUGGGUGAAACGCACGGUGCAGACCCAGUAUGUGACUCCUGCGGUGGCUGCGAGUGUCAAGUGCCCUUCGAGCGGACAGGCGAUGGUGCAGUGUCUGCAGAAGGUCGAGGAUCCCAUGCUUUUUGUUCAGGGGGACGGGUACACGAAUGCGACGAAUGCGAUUACUGUCGCUCUGGCCGAGGCGGGCAACUCGAGCUCGGCCAUGGCAUCGAUCCAGCCGUUCCUGCCAACACCGGACGGACUGCUGGACGAUCAGAUCUUCUACCUCGCUGGCAACGGCACCAUCCCCAACAAGGUCCCCCUUCUCCUCGGAACCACAUCGGGCGAGGGUACGCCGUUUGUGUAUCCGCUGAUGCCCGACGAGCUUCCGAUCGCGCAGCCUGUACUCGACAAGGCGCUGUCGGCGCUCUACUCGCCUGCGGGUCUGGCGAAACUCAAUCGGUCCGGGUUCUUCAAGCUGAACGCGUCCAACGCCGACUCGGUGCGCGAGAACGUAGCACUCGCAAUGACGUACAACUUCUUCACGUGUCCCACGCAGCGGAUCGUUGAUAUUGCGCAGGCGACGCGCCAGUUCCCGCAGGUGUACCUGUACGAAGCGAUUUCGGGCUACACGGACACGGUGGGGAUGCCGGCCAAGUGCACGCCUGCGGGGACGGGUGUCGAGGUGUGCCACAGCGACGACCUCAUGUCGGUGUUCGGAAGCCUGAACUACGUUGGCAUCCAGCCGAGCCCCCAGUACCUCGAGUUUGUGCGGUACACGGCCGACGCAUUCAGCGCGUUUGUGCGUGACCACUCACCCAACCCGUCGAGCAGGUACCUCAGGGCUCGCGGCCGGAGCUACGCGUACACGCACGCCGUGCAGCGCGCCAACGCCUGGCAGCCAUUCCACCAGCCACUCCUGCAGGCCGCGGAGGACAGGACGCAGUACCUGUCCGCGCCCGAGGGCAUCAAGGCCGGUGCCAUCCCGCACAGAGAGGUGUGCGACUUUUUCCACGAGAACGGCAUGCUGUCCUACCAGAUGCUCGACAACUCGACGUAA